AUUUAAUUUAAUAAUAUACCAUAGAACAUGAAGUGUAUGUUUAAAAGUUCUAUGCUUGUACGUAAUGUGUACAGUGUACACUCCUAACCUAAAUUGACUUUGAACCGUAGAUUUCUUGAAACAUUAACUAUACGCCAGAUUCUCAAUGUUUCUUUAAUACUAAAAAUGUGAGCGAGUGUCAAAAGAUUCAUACAGUAAUUGGUAUAUAAGUUCAGUUCAUGAUUUUUCCUUCACUAUUUGCAGGGAUAUUGUACCGAGACGUUCGGACAGGAAACAACAUAUUAGAUUUGGAGGGGGUGGGGUCAUAUCGUUAAAUGCAAUAGUGUAAAAUUGUACAAGACAUCAAGCUAAUAAUAUUAUGAGCUUGUAAGAAAUUAAUGAGGACUCGAGUGCAUUAUCGAGUAAAGAAAGGUGCGCUAUUAAAAUAUAAGUCAUGGCGCGACCUAUAAGUCCUAGCCAACAGAAAUUGGCUGAGAAACUGAUGAUUCUUAAUGACAGAGGUAUUGGCAUGCUAACUCGCAUUUAUAACAUUAAAAAAGCAUGUGGCGAUGCAAAAUCUAAACCUGGUUUUCUGUCGGAUAAAACACUUGAAUCGUCUAUAAAAACUAUAGUUAGAAAAUUUCCAAACAUUGAUAUUAAAAGCCUGCAAACAAUCACAAAUCUACGUAAUGAAAUCAUCAAGUCACUUUCACUGUAUUAUUAUACAUUUGUUGACUUGCUUGAUUUCAAGGAUAAUGUUUGCGAACUUCUAACAACAAUCGAUGCUUGUGGAGUAUAUAUGGACAUCACAGUAAAUUUUGAUUUAACAAAGGGCUACUUAGAUUUAGUUGUUAUUUAUGUAAGUUUAAUGAUUCUUCUAUCCAGAGUUGAAGAUCGUAAGGCUGUUCUUGGACUGUUUAACGCAGCCCAUGAAAUGGUACAUAGUCAAUCAGAUCCUAGUUUUCCUCGUCUUGGUCAAAUGAUUAUGGAUUACGAUGUACCGUUAAAAAAACUUUCUGAAGAAUUUGUACCUCACGCGAAACUUUUGAAGAAUGCUUUGAUUUCUUUAUGGCCUAUAUAUCCUGGUAGAAAUUCGUCGGCUGAUACUUGGAGAACCGAUCAAAAAUUAAGUUUGGUCGGUAGUCCGGGUCAAAUUUUGAAAGCAGCAGCAACGGAUACUAUGUCUUGUGAAACAUUAAGUUUGGACAGAAUCGAAAGGUGGAUCAUUUUAGGAUUCACGCUUUGUCAUAAUGUUCUUAAUCAAGAACAACCGAGUAAACUAUGGACCACAGCUUUAGAAUCUGGCUGGGUUUUGGCACUUUUUAGAGAUGAGGUUAUAUACAUACAUCAAUAUGUACAAUCAUAUUUUGAAAAUAUUAAAGGAUACGGAAAACGUGUAUCAGAAGUCAAAGAAUGUUAUAAUCAAGCUGUACAAAAAGCAGGAUACAAGCAUAGAGAAAGAAGAAAAUUCUUAAGAACAGCAUUAAAAGAAUUAGGUUUAAUUUUAACAGAUCAACCAGGACUUCUUGGUCCUAAGGUACUUCUUGUACUGAUGGGAUUAUCUCAUGCUAGAGAUGAAGUGUUAUGGCUUUUAAGGCAUGGAGAUAAUCCUCCAAAUCAAGGAAAAGGUAAAGGAAGAGGUGGCGAAGAUUUAGUUGAUAGACAGCUACCGGAAUUAUUAUUUCAUUGUGAAGAACUUAGAGCUUUAGUGAGAAAGUAUUCCCAGGUUUUACAGCGAUAUUACGUUCAGUUUUUAUCAGGCUUUGAUGCACCAGCAAUGCAUCAAAUAAUUCAGAAUCUUCCAAUUUGUCCAGAAGAAGAAGGUGCAAUAUUAAGUGAUAUAUGUUCAACUAUAGCAAAUUUAACGGUUAAGCAAGUAGAAGACAAUGAAUUAUUUGAUUUUCGACCAUUCAGACUCGAUUGGUUUCGAUUACAAGCAUAUUUAUCAAUUGCUAAAAGUAGUAUGAAAUUAGCGGAUAAUAGAGAAUUAGCAUCUUUCAUGGAUACAACUGUUUUUCAUACAAAAAUGGUUGAUAGUCUUGAUGACGUUUUGGUGGAAACGUCGGAUUUAUCUAUUUUUUGUUUUUAUAGUAAAAUUUUUGAAGAUCAAUUUCAUAUGUGCCUGGAAUUUCCAGCUCAAAAUCGUUAUAUCGUCGCUUUUCCACUUAUUUGCAGUCACUUUCAAAGUUGCACACAUGAAUUAUGUCCUGAAGAGCGACACCAUAUACGAGAGCGAAGCUUAUCAGUAGUAAAUAUGUUUCUUGAUGAAAUGGCUAGAGAAGCCAAAAAUAUUAUCACUACAAUUUGCGACAAACAAUGCAGUAUGAGUGACAAAUUACUGCCAAAACACUGUGCUGCAUUAAUUUCACAAGUCGUUAACAGAAAGAAAAAAGAUAAAAAUAAAAAGAAUCUCUUGGAAAUACGUAAACCAGGAUUUGAGAGUUACAGAAAAACUAGAGAAGAAUUAACAACAAUGGAUAAGCUACAUAUGGCUCUCACAGAAUUAUGUUAUGCCAUAAAUUAUUGUCCUACAAUUAAUGUUUGGGAAUAUACAUUUGCACCUAGAGAAUAUUUACAUCAACACCUUGAGACUCGAUUUGCUCGAUCUCUUGUUGGCAUGGUAAUGUUUGAUGCUGACACUAAUGUUAUUGCUAAACCAUCCGAAUUGUUUGUCAGUGUUAGAGCAUAUAUGAAUGUACUGCAAACUGUGGAAAACUACGUACACAUAGAUAUUACUAGAGUUUUUAAUAAUGCACUUCUCCAGCAAACCCAAGCUUUGGACAGUCACGGGGAAAAAACUAUAGCUGCAUUAUAUACGCAGUGGUAUUCAGAAGUUUUAUUAAGACGUGUUAGUGCUGGUAAUAUAUGUUACUCUCCUAAUCAAAGAUCCUUUGUUAGUUUGUCAGUUGAGGGAUCUAUUCCUUUUAAUGCUGAAGAAUUCUCUGAUAUAAAUGAACUUAGAGCACUCGCUGAACUUAUUGGACCAUACGGCAUGAAGAUGCUAAAUGAAACACUUAUGUGGCACAUAUCAAGUCAAGUACAGGAGUUAAAGAAACUCGUUGCUAGUAACAAGGAUAUUCUUAUCUCUCUCAGGACGAAUUUCGACAAACCUGAAGUGAUGAAAGAGCAAUUUAAGAAACUGCAACAUGUAGAUAAUGUUCUUCAACGAGUUACGAUUAUCGGUGUCAUUUUAAGUUUUCGACAAUUGGCGCAAAGCGCCCUAGUUGAUGUAUUAGAGGAGAGAAUACCAUUUUUGCUAAGCUCCAUUUUGGACUUUAGACACCAUCUUCCAGCUGGAGAUCCAAUGCGAGUUGUUUCAGAAAUGACAUCGGCAGCUGGUCUGACUUGCAAGGUUGACCCGACCUUAACUACAGCACUCAAGAGCCAGAAAGCUGAAGUUGAUGAAGAUGAGCACAUUUUAGUCUGCCUCCUCAUGGUAUUCGUGGCAGUUUCUAUUCCAAAACUGGCUCGCAAUGAAAAUUCCUUUUAUAGAGCUUCUCUCGAAGGUCACUCUAAUAAUAUUCACUGUAUGGCUACUGCAAUUAAUAAUGUAUUCGGUGCUCUUUUCACCAGCUGUGGACAAAAUGAUAUAGAGGACAGAAUGAAGGAAUUCUUGGCCCUGGCGUCCUCCAGUUUGCUUAGACUUGGCCAGGAAGCUGACAAAGAAGCAAUUCGAAACAGAGAAUCAGUCUAUCUAUUGCUUGAUCAAAUUGUACAAGAGUCUCCAUUUCUUACAAUGGAUUUACUUGAAAGCUGCUUCCCCUAUGCUCUUAUUCGUAAUGCCUAUCAUGAUGUCUAUAAACUAGAGCAUACCCAACCUUAGUUAGAAAAUAUUAUGAAUGCUGUGGUUAUAAUUCAUUGUUGUGAAAUUGGUAUGUUUUCAAAGAAUAAGUUGAUUUUAGUCUUAAUGGAGACGAACAAGUACCUAUGUGUAUGAAGCCAAA